CUGUGCUCCAGUCCUCGUGCAGACUAGCGUCCUGUUGUGUUCAGGGGAGAGCGGCCUAUGGCUCUUUUCCUUGCCAUUAAACUCCCCGCCAUAAUCACGAGCUCACACUGUUUACUCCAAAGCUGCUGUCCUACCACGCAAUGUCCAACCUGUUCUCUGGAAUAAAAGCCCAGAUUCGGGGAAACUCUGCCAAGGCAGGGACUCCUGUCAAGAGUCCAACCACUCCGACCGCGUCUGAAGCCGGAGCUUCAGCUGCAGCGUCCCUUCACAGGACCGCGGCCGCGGACCACUACCCGUCCGCCAGUUCGACAUCGAGUUCAGCGCCUAGAGUGACUCUGCCCGAGUCCCUGUCGAUCGCCAAGUCAAUAGAUGUUGUGGUUCCCACGCCCCUCGAUAUCCCCCAGCCAUUGCCGCUAUGGCUCAACACGGCCUGUGCCAAACACAUUGUAAAGGGAAACUUUAUGACGUUGAGUGCUCGGCCAAAGACGGUUGACCACGGAGAGUGGGUGGCACACCAGGUGGUCGAGCACUACCGCAAUCUCUGGAACUUUGUCCGAGUCCUCCACGAGAAGGAGGAGGAUGGCACAAGCAUCUGCAACCCGACCACAUGUCCCAAGAUGUCUGCCGGCAAGAACCACUCCUAUACCUGGCUCAACAGGAAUCACGAGCCGGUGGAGCUGCCAGCGUAUGAAUACAUGACGCUGAUGCAGCGGUGGAUGUCUGGCAAGAUGGACGAUCCCGCGCUAUUCCCUACAGACCCCGACACGGUGUCGUUUGCCAUUCACCCCGAGUACACGAGCAAUGCCGCCCAGCAGGGUGGCGACGAGUGGCUUGGAGCCAGGAGCGGGUUUCCCAAGCAGCUCGGGGGCACCUGUCAACUGAUAUUCCGCCAAAUCUUCCGCGUCUACGCCCAUCUGUACUGGGACCACUUCGUGGAGCCCUUUUACCACCUCAACCUGGAGAAGCAGCUGAACAGCUGCUUCAGCCACUUCAUCCUGACGGCAACGACGCUCGAGAUGCUGCAGCCGAGCGAGCUGGAGCCCAUGCAGUACCUCAUCGACUUGUGGGCAGCCGACGGCACGUUCCCACCGGAAUCUAGACCCUACUCGUAUGCCAACGUCGAGCGCGGCCGAUACAUCCAGAGCCUGGGCACUGCAGUUUGAGAGGCCAACUAUCUACUAAUGUGCUCAUAGCAGGGGAGAACUACAGGGCCCGAUUCGAGUGGGCCUCGAGACUUUUUUGGCCGAUCCGAGUGGUCGCGUGAAAGAGAGAAGAUGAGGUGAAUGAAAGAACGAGAAGAGACAGGGAAAGGAAAAUGAGAUCCAUGAGUCACUUUUCGAGACAUCACUAGGAUGAUCUGAUACCAAGUGCUGGGUUUUCCUCCUGUGAUGACGACGAGCAUCCUAUUUUGGCCUUGUCGAUUUUUUUGAGGAGCGUCUGGAGAAGACUGAUUCUCCCACUGGACUGCUCUAAUACACACGAGAUUGCUAGAUUAUUACAAAUACCAACGAGUAUUGGCUGUG